AUGAAUGAGUUCUCCAAUAAUGGCCCGGCUCCCUCCAGAUUCGUGUUCCUGAGCGAACUACCUUCGCUACCAGCCGCGACCAAGGUGAGAUUUCUGGGCUGCGUGGUAGGAUACGAUACUUUGAAUGGACGUCUUCUCCUCGAACAUGCCUAUCCGAAGAACAAGCAGCCGGCCCCCCGUGCCUCCGUUGACAUCAAUCUCAUCCUUGAGACCACCCCCUCGUCAACAUUAGAAAAAGGGAGGUGGCUCAACAUCAUUGGGUACAUCCAAAACACGCAUGGACACAGUCGAAGACUGAAGGCACGCCUUGCUUGUUCGACAGACCCGGUGGUGUCCGUACAGGCAAUCUUGUUAUGGGAUGCUGGGCCGUUGAGGCUUGCAGACUAUGAAGCCACUCUACAAGGACAGAGUCAACUCCGCAAGCAACUGGAGCUCGAUUGCAAGUGA